CAUAGCAGUCAUGGCUAUGCUUGCCCGCUUGAGCUCUGGAGCUGUCACUGCUCCUUCAUCGCCUCAAAAAGCAGCUCUACAACGCUUUCAAAAAUGUAUUACAUCUUUUUUGUGGCCAGCAUUGGCAAGUGGAGGAGGAGUCCAAUGCAAAUCCACUCAUAUUGACGCUAUCGACAGUUUCACGAACGAACUUGUGGAACGCAAAAGUAAAAAAUGGGAAGAGAUAAGAGGCAACAUGAUGGGUUCUGGUGUAGAAACUCUUAUCAAGGAUGGUCGAAAGUCAAAUGUUGUAGCAGAAAACACUUCAGAUGGUACAUGCAACACAUUUUCGAAAAACUUCGGCUUAAUGUCGAGAGGCGUAAUUAGCGAUAUACAAGCCCUUCGUUCUCCGGAAUUGGGGCUUGACAUACGGUCUUUGUCCCAGGCGCAGUUAGAUAAUUUGCUUAGCUCCACUUUGGAAAUAAAAAACAAAUUGGAUUUCUUAUACUUGGUGAAGCAAUGCAUACGAUGGCAACAACUGCCUUCAACUGAAGUUCUAGUGGCAUGUCUCAAAUACCUUAGCAGUUUGUCCAGAGUACAAUACAUAGAAUCAAUUGCGGAAAUUUGUCAAGAACAAAAUCACGUUUUGACAAAUAUGUACUGUGACCUUGCACCCUUUAAGGCUAUGGCACUGUGGAGAAGUGAUAGUGCAGAUUUAGCUUUAAAAACCCUAUCUAUGGGAUACGAAAAAGCCUCCAAUGAUGGGAAACGGAUGAUCAGAAUUGCUUUUCGAACAAUUACAGAAGAGACGUUAGUGAAAAAGAGUGAGGCUGUACUAGUACAUCUGAUGGAAAUUGCACGGAGUAUAUAUGAAGAACAUCACGAUAUUUUCGUUAUAGCUUGCGUGUGGAAGCAAUGUUUCGUGAGUGACUGGUUUUGUGAUCAAAAAUCAGCAGGAGAAUUAUUAAUGCACUAUGAAGAACUUCAGAAGAUGGUAGCCAAAAGGUCGGUUUCAUUGUGUGGAUCAUUUCUGAGCCGCAAUAAUGUAGAUGCUGUACAUCGUUUGAUAGAGGUUUAUCUUCGAUAUAAUGAAAGGGAAGCGUGCUCCAAUUGUCUUAGCUUGCUCUUUAACUACCAGUAUAAAAGAAGAGAUUUACGUGCAUGUGCCGAAAUAAUUAAGUCGUGUAGUGAAUUGGAUAUGCCACUUUCGGAAACACAAAAUGAACAGUUCCUAGGAUUAUUUAUAAACCAGAAUGAAAGCGACAAAACAAAGCCAACGUUACGGAAAGAUACUCCUAAGGCCUUCAAGCAAUUUCAGUACAAGUUUUAA